GUUGAUCUGAUCGGAACUCAUCCGAUCCCCGCCUCGUCUCCGUCCCCAUCCCCGCCAUGGCCUCCUUCUUCGCCGCCCGUCUCGGUGGGAGGGGCGCCGGCGCAGGCAUGGCAACCGCACAGCAGCAUCCACCACCACCAGCAGGAGCAGCAUCAUGUCGAGACAGCCCAGCCAGCAGCGAUGGCGACGACUUGUUUGACGGUGGUAGAGGCAGAGGCAGAGGCGGCAAGGUUGCCGGGCCAACGUGCGCUGCGCCUGCAUCAGACAGCGACUCGGCCGCACAGCCCGGCGCGAUGGUCACCACACGGUCGCGUGGCCAGCUCGCCCGCCGUCAUUCGCUACAGCGCAGCACCAGCAUGCACACGCACACGCGCUCCCUCUCUGCGCGCCGCGCUGAUGGGCCCGGUAGCCCGGUCGUAUAUUCAUACAAGGGAAAGGGUGACAGACCGCUGCUGGGCGGUAUGUACUUCUCCGAUCUCAUCGUCAUCUUCUUUACCUACGCUCUCAACCUCUUCCGCACACUCGGCCUCGCCGAGCUGUGCGACCUCGUCGUCAAGGGACUCGCAUUCGCUCUCAUCACGCUCCCGACCGAAUUCUACGCGCGCUGGGCAGACGGGCAGGCGGCACAGCGCCGUGAGGACGCGUAUAUGCGCGCCGGCAGGGGCAGAUCCUCCGCUUUCCGACGCGCAGCCGGCGCCAGCGCGGCCGCCGCACGUGCAACAAGAGCAGCAGAAGAAGAGGAGCAGAACGAGGAGGGGGACGAAGGGGAAGAGGAGGUGAAGGAUGAUGACGAGGAGGAGGAGGCAAGCGGCGGCGUAUCCGCAGCGCAGCGCAUCCACACGCGCCAGCUAAGCUUGCAGCGCAAGCGCGCCGGCCUUGCCGCCGCGAUCACCAACGCGGACACAGCCAGCGACAGCGACUCGACCGCCGCCACCGCUACCUUUACGGCGGGUAGCCUGCGCGCUUCCUCCUCGCGCCGCCGCGCUUCCAUACGGCUCAGGCCGAGCGCCACCGGCAGCGACAGCGCAGAGACCGCCGAUGCAUGCGUAGAACCUGUGCCCCCGCGCACACGCGGCCACGUCGCCAGCUGGCUCUCGCAGCAGGUCACCAAUGUCGGAGACGCUGCUGGCAUACGCCUGCGCCACCCGGAGCAAGCGCAGGAGAGCACUGCUGCUGCUCCCACUUCCAAGGAGCGGGGCGUCGCAGACGCACAUGCGAGUACCAGCAUCGCAGAAACAGCAGCAGCGGACCGCGAUCCGUGCGCCUUCGACGUCCUCCCGCCUGGCAGCUCGCCGCUGCAGCUCUCACCAUUCCAUCACCUCGUUAUCCUGCUCACGCGCUUCGCCUGCGAAAACUUUCCGCACCUCCUCCCCCGCGUUCUCUUUGCCGAGGAGACGGUCGGCCCCCUCGUCCGCUGGCGCACUGGCGGAGGCGCCGCCAGCCUCAUUCGCGAGUUUGGCCCGGAUGUCCAGAACCCUGGCGAUGGUGGUGCUGGUGCUGGUGACGUGGGAUGGGAGAGCGAGGAGCAUACGGCAGCGUCUGGGGAUGGGAACCAGGCCGCUACUGCUGCUGCUGCGGCGGCGUGUACGAAAGUUGCAAAAGGCCGCGAGCGCGCGGAACCUAACGGCUUUCGAGCCUUCUGGAUCGGUGGCGACAGCCAGAUGCCCCGAGAGCAACGGAGAGCCUCCGAAACCGCGCGCCACGCCACCACUAUCCUUUACCUGCACGGCGGCGGCUUCACGCUCGGCAGCGUCGCGUUCUACGCCGAGGCGCUCAUUCGCAUCCUCGCCAAGGUCUGCUCGACGGAACGCAAAGGCAGUAGCAGCGCCGAGCCAGGCGAAGCGCGCUGCAUCGCGGUCGAGUACCGGCUGUCGCCGUCGGCACGCUUUCCUGCGCCGCUCCUUGAGUGCCUGCGUUGCUACGCGCACCUCAUCGACGUCGAGCGCAUCGAUCCGUCCGCGAUCGUGCUCGCCGGAGAUAGCGCCGGCGCUAACCUGGCCAUGAGCAUGCUCCUGUGCCUUUCAGGCCAGUACGGUGGCGACGACGCCGGAAGGCGCAUAGCCGCCGAGCGCGACUGGGCGCGCCUACCCAUGCCUGGCAAGGCCGUCCUCGUCAGCCCGUGGGUCGACCUGCGCCCCAGCCAUGCGCACGCUUUUGAGCCGCUGCGUAAGAGCACAGCAGCUACGCCAUCGCUAUCGCCAGGAGCGGCAGCACAGGCUGCUUCAGUAGCAGGAAUGCAGCAGUUGCCAUCGCACGCGUCGCGCCGACAGUCUCGCGGCUCGAGCAGCAGCAGCAAGGUCGGCGCAGCAGCAGCAGCAUUUUCAUCGUCCGCUGGGAGCAAGGCGCAGCAGCAGUCGUCGCAAGAGAAAGCGUCGCGAAGCAUCGUCGACCCCCAUCGCUGGGAUUACGUCUCGCCCGAGGCGCUGCUCCACUUCGCGCAGGUCUACGCGGGCGUCAUGCACACGCCACGCCGUGUGCGCGGACCGGUCGGCUGGAUUAGCCACCUGUUCCGCGUUGUCGCAGAAGGCUAUCCAGACUUGCAGAGCUCCGCGCCGGCUUCGCUGACGCCGAGCAAGGCGACAGCAGACGUAUUGGCCAAGCGGCCCGGCAACGCUCCCCGCUCCUCUUCCACUUUGUCAUCGUAUGGAUCGACGUUCAUGGACCCGCCAAGGCAGCUCGCAGCGCUCAUGAGCCCCCCGCGCCGCUUGGCCAAGGCUGCUUCGCGCGCACUUGACCAACCUAUGUUCCUGAAACGCGCAGUCCUCGACGACGGUGACGGCAACCCCGACGAUGAACGCGCUCUCGAGAAGGAGCAACAGGCCAUGCUCCACCAUCAAGGAGGAGCGCGCGACACGCAGCCGCUUUCUGUCGCCUACCUCGGCCUCGACCCGCUGUUCACCGCCAAGGAACGCGAGACGCGCACCGUGCCGAGCAAGCAGCAGCUCUACAUGCCCUUUGAGGAAGCCAUGGGCGAGGACCCCGGCUGCACGCGCCUAGGCGAGCAGGUCAGCACCGUCGCAAAAGCUGCGACGGAGCUCGACCACAAUCCGCUCAUCUCGCCUGCCAUUGGCGACUGGAGCCGAAUCAGACUCAGCAAGGGUGCGCUCGUCGUCUGGGGAGAGCGCGAGGUCAUGGCGCAAGACAUCGCUCUCUGGGUGCAGAAGGUGCGCCGCGAGUCUGCUAGGCCGGUCCAGGAUCGUGAUGGCGAUGACGAUGACAACGACGAAAACGCUGGUGUGUUUUCCGGGCGAAAAGAGCCGCAGCGCCAGCAUGAUGACCAGUGGAUUCAUGCGGCGAUCGAAAAGGGACCGGCCGGUGUGCAUGCAUGGCCGCUCGUCUCUAUGUACCUGGCAGGCACUGAGCCGGAACGUGAAAAGGGCCUCGACCUGCUCGCUCGCUUCAUCGCGCGCAACGAUACUGGCUCUCACCUCGGUGGCCAACAGGCAGCGAGCCUGCUCGAUCCCAUCACAGGCUCUGUCACGCACUCGCCUCCGCAGCCAGGUCCAUAUUCGCCACUGCAUUCGCCUGGCUCGAUGCCGUCCGACGCCGGCAUGCAUGGCGCCGAAGCUGGGCAAGACUAUGCUAACGAGCACUUCCUGGACGAUGGGAGGAUUAAUGCGCUAGACCUGGAAGGUAUUCCCCAUGUCCAAUCUUUCCAAGCGUCAGCCUGGAGCGAGACGUCGAGCAUGGAGAGCAGCAGUUUCGAGGAGGCAUUGCGUAUCGAUGCGUCGUAUGGGCUCGGCAUUGACCAAAGCGGCUCUCCGCCGCCACCUCUUCCGCCACGCGAUGGACAACGCCGCAACAGCACUUCCUCUGAAGAGAUGGGCGUUUCGCCACCACGUACUCCCCAGAGCACUUGGCAACGUGCGCAUACUCCCACACACACGGAGGCAGCUCUUACCGGCGAUUGCAUUACUACUCCGCGCGGCUCAGAAACCUUGCGUAUACCCGACAGCACCGCCGUCGCGACCUCGCCUGAGCGCCAGCAACAGUUCUCUCCCGUCUACCUAACGGAGGUCUCACGCGGCCGCAGCACGGCGUCAAGCAGGCCGAUCUGGUGGGAAUCGCUGCAGAACAACGAGCAGCAACUCCAUAACCCGGGCCUUUCGUCUGCAGACACACUUGCUGGCGGAAUGCCCGCCGGCCCCUCUACGUUGGGGGCAUCGUCAUCGUUGCCGUUGGCUUCCGCAUCUCUGUCUCCACAUUUGUGGGAAGGGCUCUCAGGGCGAGCACGAUUCUUCGAUGACGAAGAGGAUGGCGACGCGGACUCCGCCAACUUGGCACGGUAUCUGGCUCCAUCUCGGAUCAUUCCUGUCACAAGCUCAUCGGUAGAUGCCGGGUUCUAUGGCCUCUCUCACUACGACGUGCGCGACAGAGAACCGGAGGGCCUGUCUGACAUCACGGAGGAGGACUCCAACAUGAGCGCCGGCGCUUCUGCUGUCGGUGGUGGCGCUGCCUCUCCGGUCAGUCGUGAACCGCUACAGGGCUUUGGAGUGGCUGGUGAUGCUCUACGCGCGCUCAUUUCGGACCGCGAGAUGCAGUGGCAGCGGAGCUUGCAGGAGCGCGAACUCUCCGCAUCAACGGAAGAAGUUCUCGAUAUACCGAGCAGCGACAGUGACGCAGAGAGGGUCGGCAUAGACGUGCGCGUCCCCGAAGCCAGGGCCUUCUCGCCACCUGUACCGCCGCAGCCGGGUCCCAGCUUGCCUGUGACGCAACGUCGCAGCUCAGACAACGAUGUCCCGCAUUCCAAUGAAGAAGAGCUCACCACCCCGCGCCGGAAAAAACCCAAGGGCGACGUGUGGUGGUGAGCUGACGAUCAUCAUCACACUAAGACAGGAAGAGUAUGCAAUGUUUGUUGUACAAUCUUGUGUGAAUAAGAACCUAUGGGAGCACUUGCAAUUGAACUAUGGUACAUCUCGAGAGCGAAUA